CAGAGACUUUGAAGGACCCCUUAAUAGCUCAACAGCAGCACGAGUGAUUGUCUAUUCAGUUAAAUAAACUUAUCUAAAGUCGUCGUUCGAUUGUGAUAUUUAUAUCGAAACUUUCCCUGCUUUUUUUUUUAUUACCUGAAGAAUGACCAAAAAGCGAAAAAGGCAAGAUGAUUUCCAGAAAGUCAAGCUUAAGGUUGGCAAAAAGAAGCCAAAAGCUGACAAUGCAACAAAUGUCAACUUUAAAUCAAAAGCUAUCCAUUUACCAGAGCAGUUGAAGCAUGGUGAAUUAGGACCAACCACGCACAGGCAGCUCAGCAUCAAGGAUCUGUUGUCUCAGCUACACCACUACAACAGUAAUGUGAAGCAGGGCGCUCUGGUGGGUUUGCGAGAGCUGCUGUCAGCUCACCCCACACUGGUGGAGCAGCAUGCCUCAGCUGUGCUGUCCGAGGUGGCUGCACUGUUCACAGACAAAGACAGCACAGUGCGAGCAGCUGCAGUGCGUCUGUUGCGUUUCAUUGCUCAGUGCAUCCCUGUCGAACGUGUUGCACCCUUCUUUCCCCUGCUGAGUGCCCACCUCACUUGUGCCAUGACCCAUAUUUCAGAAGCCAUCCAGGAAGAUGCCCUCCGUGUCCUGGAUGUGCUGCUCGAGCACUACCCCGGGCUAUUGUCUCAGAGGCAUACGGUUCUGUUGGCCAAUUUUCUAGAGCUUAUCUCCCAGAGACGAAUUGGCAGAAAGACUGGGAUGGGACAGGAUAAAUCAGGGAAAGGAGGCUUUGCUCUGACCAUCAGUACAAAUCGCUCUGUGACGGCACAGCAAUGGAGACUCACUGUGCUACUCAGGUUGGGGCGUUUUCUACAAGCAGUUGUUGAAGAAAGACCGCUAGAGGAAGGCGUACAAAUUAGGAAUGGUCUUGGAAUGUGGGGCGGAGAGAAAGGCCUGGUGACACCUGUAGAUGUGAGUUGGGAGGAGCAUGUAAUUGGGAAGGGGAGGUUCCAGGUGUUUGAGAAUUCGGGAGCCACGCCCACACCACACUCCGCUUAUCGGCUAAGGCCAGACUCUGAGCCAGGGGCUGGGAUGAACGAGGAGCUGUGCUCAGCUGAGACUGUGCAGGGCUUUGCAGGAACACUGGUGCCUCUGUUGCUGGAGGUCUGGGUGGAGGCAGCAGGUGGAGAGCGAUUGCAGAUGGACAGCGGCCACCUGCUCUCAGCGGAGUCCAUGAAUCUGAUGUUCCAGAUCCUCACCAUACUUCAGUUACUGAGAAAGCUCACCCCACAGAGAGCCCAACAGGACAUACUGGAUGCCUGGUUCAGGAAUUCAUAUCUGGCUGACUUCAAACAGCACUUCAUGAAGAACUUCCCCUAUGGCCUGGUAGAGGUGGCAAAACACAAGAAGAAAGCUGAUGGGAAAAGGAUUAGGCAGCAGGUAGUAGGUGGAGCUGUUGCUGGGAGCAACGUGGAGCCAUUGGCCCUAAACGUCACCCUGUGUCAAGUUAUGGUGACACUCAGUCUUAGGGGCCAGGACCAUGUUGCAGGUGAAGACGCAGACUGGCUUGGACCAAUCAGAGUCUUCAUCAGGGAGACUCUGUCCAGUGGGGGCAAGCUAAGCUCAAAACACCUGGCAGCUUUACUGGAGGUGGUGUGGAGGAUGAUUGUUACCCAGCGCAGCCGUGUGGUGACAGAGGAACUCCUAGAUGCUGUGUACAUGCAGUACCAGCAGAGGAACCUUGGUGUGAGUGUCCGCACUCUGCUGCUGCGCUUUUUCAGUCAACUCUACAUUGAAGAGCAUCAAAACCACCCUCAUAUUGCCAGGAGUAGGAUCCUGGCACGCUGGUUGGCAUCACUGCCAGUGCAGUUAGUUCAGCUGGGCAGUAGGAAUCCUCAGCUGUCUGCUCAUCUGCUGGAGACGGUGCAGUCAGCCUCUGCAAGGGGCAAUAAAGACCUUCUGCACAGUCUGCAGAAACAUGCCUGCAGUCUUUACGAUCCACAGGAGGGGUGUGUGGUCGUUUUACCUGUUGAGUCCCAGAAGAGGUUGGUUCAGAUUCUCCAUUUCCUGCCAGUGUUUCCCUCAGAGCUUCUGGCUUGCCUCAGCCAAGUUUGCAACACCGGGAGAGUGUCGGCUAGCCUAGCCACCACACUUAUACGCACCAUACACCUGAGGUCUCCUCUGAGUGGCUGCUCGAGCACUUCACAGGAUGUGCCAGUGAGGGAUGUGGAUUACCUAAGUUUCUUGUUCACUACACUAACAGGUUUCUCCUCUGAGACAUUGCGGGCCCUACAGCACACCGAUGAAGAAGGCCUGUUGCCCUCCUCCACUCUCUCUCCCCUCAGUGUGUUUGCCACUUCCCUAGAGCAGUUCUUACACCACUGGGAUGUGGUGGAGGUGGUGUGUUAUUGCCUGGAGACUCUGGGCUCUCAUGCACAGUGUUUUGAUGUAAUACAGAAUGCCAUCAUUAAGAACCUGUGUGGACUCGUAGUGGUGCCAGACUGUGUGUGUGCUGCCAUUUUAAGGUGCAUUCCCCGAUUACUGGAUCUCAACAUCCUGCCCAGCGACACACUUCUCCACUUCCUGUCUGAUUGUUGCCUGAGCAUGCUCAAUCUGUUGUUGCAACUGGAGCAGAGUGCCCGCAAAAGGGAUGCAGUGUGGGAGGCAUGUUUUGCGGCAUUGAGCACUGUACCGAGGUUGCUGCGAUUGGUGUUGCAGUCUUUUCGUGUUUGUGACCUCUGUGAGGAAGAGCUCCCCCUACUGGCACAGAUACUUUCUUUACUCCUUCAGCAUACGCAACUCCGCAACCACAUGAUGGCCAACGCAAGACUACUGCAACACAUCAUACAGGACUUAACGCAUUUCUAUGGUGGAGAGACUCGAGAGCAGUGGUUGACUGACUUGCUGUACUGCUACAGUGUGACACUCUCUGGUCACCGUGGCAACAUAGGCAUGAGAGAAAUCUAUUAAUUGCUGAUCAUUAUUUACAAUACUGAUUUGCUUGAGGUAUUGCCUUUUUUUGUUUUUUACAAAAUGAGUAAAAUAAAGCUUGUCAU